AUGCAGAGAUACAAUGUCAACAGAUUCCGUGCAAAGGUGAACGCAGCAAAGCUGCACGAGACGGCCCUUCAUCAUGCAGCCAAAGUAAAUAAUGUGGACUUGACAGAAAUGCUGGUUGAAUUUGUAGGGAACGUCUAUGCCAGAGAUACUUGUGGUAAAAAGUACACCCGAGCUGGCUGUCCUCCAUCACUGUGCCUGCACUUCUAUGAAACAGUGCCUCUGAGUUUGCAGCAGCAGUGCAGAGUCUUUCUGAGGAAAGCCCUGGGGACCAGAGCAUUGGAAGUCGUGUUGAAGUUACACAUUCCUCCUGGAAUCAUCAACUACCUCUCAUAUCAAUGAGCAGAAAGAAAAGGGGUGGAUUAGCAAUAUACUUGAACAUUGAUGCAAUAUCAUUUUUCAAAUCAACACACUCCUGUCUGGAAUAGUGUAUGCAGGUCAGCCACAUAUCAACCGCACAUGUUUGUGAACAAUGAUGGUAUGCCAUAAGCAGUCUGUCUGCUUGUGUAUCAAUAGGCAACAACAAACAAAAAUCAGUAGCAGAAACUCAGUUUAACAGGAAUUCAAGAAAUGUAGACUUACGUCUUAGUAAUCAUAGGCCAACUUUAUCUUAGCGGGACCCCAUCAUUAUUCCCCAGAUGUUUGUUUAAAAGUAAAACAGUUUGCUUAAAUGUACUUGCACCUGUAAAUACUUGUCUAAUGAAGGCCUUUGAGGCCACAAGAAUUAACUAAAUAUAUUUGUAGAUGGAUGACAAGGUUAACAAUGUAUUUCCAAUAGCACUUUUAUUUAAGCUUGGAAGGCUUUUAACUUUGUUUCCCUUUUCUGUAUAUUUCCCAUAUUGUAUUUUUUCGCCUCAUACUAAAGUCAGCAGUCACAAUGGCAAAACACUGUAUUACAAUUGUUGGGGGAGAGUGUCGUGUGGAAAUACAAGAUAUCAGACUUAGCAGAGUUGUAACACUUCUGUUUUUUUUAUUUAUAUACACAAAUAGGUUGCAAAUUUUUCCAACGCAAAAGUAUCACAAAACGAAACUGGCUUCUGGCCUUUUACAUAUACAAAACAAAGGAAUACAAAAAUCCUAGAGAACCCUAUUAAACAAUAGGAGGAGGUCCAGGGGCCUACUUACCAUCCCGUUUUAGUGUGGACCGUCACACACCCAUUGAUUCCCCAGCUAUCCACCCAGGAGUACCAUGUUUAGAUAAGUAAAUGAAACUCCUCACUUGGGUCCAUAUUCCAGAGCACUAUAUCUCUAUAUGUUUAUUUUACUGUACGUAGGGCCUCUGUUAGACAGCACACUCAUUGUUAUUGUAAUCAUAACACAUACUGUAAACAUAACUUUAUAAAAGGUGUGAGGAUUAGGAGUUGAUAAUGUGUUUUUUUAUUUUAGUUAUUAAUUCCCCCUUUAGGUAUGCAGGUUAUAUCCGGAGCUGCCACUAAUGUAAUUGUGUUUAAUUUGUGUAGGGAGUGUUUGGCAGCUAAUUCCGUACCUGGCUUUUGUAAGAGCCAAAUACAUUUUUUACUGGCAAAAGCUAUGGCUACAGCUGACGCAAAUGGAUUGCUUGGUCAUUUGAACAUCAUUUCAAAGACAAUCUCCAGAAAUUGCUUGUCACAAGGUGUUCCUUUAAUAUAUAACCCAACAACAAACUAAUGAUGGGAUAGCACAGAGAAUGUAGACACUGAACUCCAAGUGUCAGCAGCACUCCCUUCAUUAAAGUGCAGUUAAAUCGCUGCUAUAGACCGUGUUUAUAUUAAUUGUCCCAUAGUAACCAUUCAUUAUGGUAAACUCCUGUGAGAUAAUUAGCAGGGUUUGCUAUUUUAGUUUUGUUCCUCCACAUCGUAUUACUUGUCUGUGCUUUUCCUCUUUAUUAAACAAGAUGCACACAAAUGAUCAAGAGGGGAGUUUUCUUAUGGAUGCAGUUGUUUCACAAGCUAAUGACCAAUAUACAGUGUUACGGUGGAAUACAAUAGCAAAACUACAAAAGAGAAGAGCGUAAUAGUCCCUUAGAAAAUAUAUCAAGUUAAAAUGUGUGAAAAUUGCAGCCGAAAAAAAUACUUUUAUCCUACAAACUAUUGCUAUGGCACAAAAGCAAAAAAGCAUGAGAGACAUCCUUUAAAUGUUGCUUCAUAGGACCUUCCUUCCUCUCUUCUAGUCUUUAUAUGGGGACAUAUGGAAGAUGCAAAUGAAUGAUGACCUUAUAUCAGGAUGCAAAGUUUUACCCAUGUAA